AUGCAGCAUUCUAGGCGUUCUGUUCUCCCACCCAGACGUUACCAGGAUGAACAGAAUUCAUCUGGAACUGCAAAAUCAAACAAGCAAAUAAAUGGUUCAUACUUUACACUGACAUUAUGGACAUUUAUCAGCAUUGCAAUGAUUGUCAUAGGUGCAAUAUCUAUUGAGUACUGUCCAAUUCAACCAAACAUUCCUAUCUACCUGAUUGUGGCCGGAUCUACCACUUUAUUAGGGUUUCUGUUACUACCACUAAGACUUGUAAGUGAAACUCUCUCAUACAUAAUAGAAGGGAUUCUCGGCCUGUUCACUUUCUGCUGGUUCAUUACAGGAAGCGUAUGGGUUUUCUCAGUUUUCAGCGUUUCUCCUAGACCAUGCAACCUUGGAGCUUACAACUUCGCUUUUGGGAUAUUGAUAUUCCAAUAUGCAUUUUUACUUUUAUGUAUACUUGCUCUCAUCUGUGGCUGUUGCUUCGGCUACAUGGUCUUGUUUUCAAACUCUACACAAACAAACACUGAACAAACACAAGGACAAAACGUCUUCACAAUUCAGAAUACCGUAUGAGCGCUGUGUCUAAAGACGAACAACAAACUGAGAUGAUUUGUAAUGUUAGCACUAAAGAUUAUUGU